AUGAACCUGGACGAGUUCAACGCGCUGGUGAAGCAGAGAGACGAAAUCGAGCGGGAGAUCAAAGAGAACGUAGACUUCCUGGAGGCCCCCGAAAACAAAAGUGUGGGCAUGAAGGGCAAGCUGGUAGAUGAAGAAGGGUUCCCCAGAAAUGACAUUGACAUAUAUAGCAUCCGAGUUGCAAGGAACAAAGUCAUAUGCUUAAAAAAUGAUUACCUAAAUGUGAACAAAAAAAUCGAAGAGUACCUUCACAAGGUUCACAAUUCCCACCCCGUCAUACGAGUACAGAGAAGUAAGGCAAAGGACGAACAAGGAAAUGACCCAAAUGAAUCAUCUCCAGAAAGUGUCACAGAAGAUUAUGAUGAGUCAGCACCUGAUUAUGAAAAGCUAAUCGAAGAAGCCAGAAGAAGUACCUUUGCCAUGAUCGAUGAGAUGGUGGAAAAUUCUCCUUCACAUAAGGCAGGACUACGCAUCAAUGAUUAUAUAAUUCAGUUUGGUGAUAUACGAAAAAAAAAAAAAAAAAAAAGUGAUAAAAAUGAAAAGGAGAAUGAUAAUGAACGGGAAAGUGAAAAGGACCAUGAGGAUAUCUUCAAGAGAAUUGCAGCUUACAUGAGUAACAACCCCACCAGAAUUAAAGUCAAAAUUUUGAGAGAGGGGAAAAUUUUUUUUUAUUUUGUUUUUCCCA